AUGCCAGCACCUAUUUUAUUAAAACGAGAUUGGCAACGUGAUCAUGUGUACCUAGUCCAAUUUCCUCGAGCAGGUUGCAUACCAAGUUUAUCAAUGUUUGCCUUAAAAUUGGAAACAUGGCUUCGAAUGACUAAAAUUCCAUAUUCGAAUAUCAAUAAUGAAUUCAUCAAAUUUUCGUCCAAAAAACAAAUUCCAUUUAUUGAACUUAACGGACGACAAAUACCGGACAGUAAUUACUGCAUCGAACACCUUUCUCGAGUUUUUAAGAUUGAUUUGGAAGAACAAUUAAAUCCAAUGGAAAAAGCACAAGCUCGAGCUUUUACAUAUCUCCUUGAAGAGUCUAUAAGAUGGAUUAUACUUUAUAAUAGAGGUAAAAACAAUAAAUUUAUGGCAACAGAGAAAGGUUUUAUCAAUCAUUAUAGAGGUGCUAAACGAACUCUUUUUCAAUAUGUAUUUGUGGAACAAUUUCGAAAAAAGAUUUGGAAAUUAUGCUAUUAUCAAGGAAUUGGUAGGCAUACAAUUGAUGAAGUGGAAAAUAUUGCAAAGAAAGAUUUAACAGCAUUAUCAAUUUUCCUUGGUGAUAAACAGUACUUUUUUGGUUCAUCACCAACAACAUUGGAUGCAAUUGCUUUUGGCAAUUUAACACAGUUAUUUUAUACACCAAUGGAUAGUGAUGUACUGCGAAAAUAUAUGGAAGAAAGGACUCCAAAUUUAAUAAAUUUCAUUGAAAAAAUGCGUGAAAUAUAUUGGAAAGAUUGGGAUGAAGCAUGUCAAACAUUAUCUCUUAACACUCAAAAUGUUACUAUCAUUUGUAGUAAUAUUAACAAAUGA